AUGGCCAAGGUCUACCACUCGGUCCCGCUGGACGACGAGAGCCUCGAUGGCAAGCCGGAGAAGCAUGUUCGUAGCAUAAGGCUAGACGGGGAGUUGCUGUCGUCGACUGCACAGCGGGCGUCCAAGCAUUGGAUAUGGCUGGUGCAUGCGAUUCUUCUCUCCGUAUCCAUGACGCUAUUCACGAUCACGUUCUGCAACAAGGCCGGAAAGCCGACGGACCUGAGCUACACGAGAAAAUAUUCCUCCUACUCACCCGUCGCACCGAUUGUCAAGUACGAGACGUCGAGGUGGAACUUGACCCCGAUCGUCGAGGGCGAGUUUGUCGGCUACGGGCCGAAGGUGGACGAAGCAUGGGAUCGCAUCGCAAACAGCAUGGGUGACACCAUGAUCUCAAAGGAGGAACUUGACCGUCUGGGGCUGCCAAAGAACUCGCUCAAGAUCAAGCACCCUGUCACCGGUAAGGAAGGGUACAGGGCAGCAGUCGAGGUGUUCCACCAGCUGCACUGCCUGAACUUGGUUCGGCAAGCCGUCUACAAAGAUUACUACAUGAAGGACAAGGAGAAUGACAUUGGCGGGGCUGAGGGCAAGGAGGACCUCGAUGGCCACGUUGAUCAUUGCAUCGAAACCCUUAGGAUGAAUCUCAUGUGCCAGAGUGACAUUGGCAUAUUCACCUUUAGGACGUACCCGGAAUACGGAUACGCAGAUGAUGACUACUGGCCCGACUUCAGCACGCUGCACACAUGCAGGAACUUUGAGGACAUUAGAACGUGGGCCAUCGACAAGACGGUGGCUUGGGACCAUGAUGUGUGA